AGAAGAACAUCACUGGAUGGAACAGUUUCUAGAUUCUUUUCUCCAGGAUCUAGUCGGAAUCUUUCUUAGAAGUGUUUUUCCUUCCUGGAAUCCAGUGUGUGCUCGGAGUCUGUUACUUUCAGGGAUUUGUUUCUCUGAGUGUCUGAAUGCCCCAGGGGUACCACCAGGCUGCAGCUCUUCAUCCGGCCUGCAGAGCGGCAGCAGAGCAGCAGCUGGAGAGGCGGAGCAUCAGCAUGAGCGACUUCUGGCAUAAGAUGGGCUGCUGUGUGGUGGCUAAACCAACACCUAAGAAGAAGAGGAGGAAGAUCGAUCGCACGAUGAUCGGAGAGCCGACAAACUUCAUCCACCUCACACACAUCGGCUCUGGAGAGAUGGCAGAGGGCCUGCAGCCGUCAGGGUCGGUUCAGGAGCAGAUGAGGUCCAAAGGCCAGAACAUGAACAACAGGGACAGCCUGUUGUAGCUGGUGAACACACACACUUUUCAGGAGUGUGUGAAAUUGACUGCCCUCUCCGUCCUGUGUCCUUGAGCAAAGCACUUAACUGCCAGCUGCAGGGGGCGCUGUCAGAGAGACCAUAUUAAACCUUCCAAGAUGAGGGGGUCCUUCUUCUUCCACACCUCAGGUCCAGGACACCAGGACUACAUUGCCCAGAAUCCCUCUCUGCUAAAUAACAGACCGUCUGUAGUUUCCCUAAGAACAGAAAUACAUUUCCAAGCAUUCACAGAGUUUGUGUCAACACUCAGUGAAGUCGGACAUCUACCUUUCUCAACCGACUUAAUGUCCCAGGAUGCUUCACUCCUCAAUUGACCUGUUCAGGAUGGUGACAUCACUGAACUUCAUGUCCCAGAAUCCCUCUCUCUGCUCAGCCCCUGCUGGAGGAUGUGGGAACGUGCCUGAGGAGCAGCUGGAGACUUUUAAACUUCUGUUUUCAGUGAUUUGCUCUUUUCCUGAUGAAACAUCUGAAGAAGUGAGAUCACGUUCAGGUGGAUCAUCUCAAAGUGUCUUCACGACUUCUGUGAACUCAGAGAAACUUUUUCGUGUGAAUAACAAGUUUAAUAUCUGGAAUGUUCUUUGUAUUUUAAAGUCAUUUUAUUUAUUGUGUCAGUGUUCAGUUGUGUUUUCUAAGGUUUCGACUCUGAACACGAUGGUUCUGUGUUUCAAAGGCUGUUUCAGGCUAAACUGUCAGAGUGAUGCGUUCAUGGACUCUGUUGUGAGUGGAUUGUGUUGUUGAUUUGAUGACCUCUUUGUGUUGUUGUUCAGUCAGGAAGUUGUGUUGAUAUUUUUGUAUGAACAAAUCUUUUAUCGAUCACAGUUUUUCUGUGAGUGUUUGUGAUCGUUGAGACAAAUAAACAUUUUCAUCUUUA